AUGCAGUUCACCAAGUCUUUCCUGCUGCUCGCAGCUUUGGCCACCAACACCUUCGCUCUCCCCGCCAACCCCGAGCGUCGUGAUGACUCCUCCAGCAGCUCUUAUUCCACCUCGGGCUUCGGUAGUGCCACCAACCCCAUUGGCAGCGGCAACACCUACGCCGGCAACGUUGGUAGCCCUUACGGCAGCAACAUCAUCGAGAUCUCUGCCUCCACCGCCAGCCAGUACAAAUACGUGAUGGAGAUCCAAGCCCCCUCCACCGACUCCUACACCGUCGCCAUCUGGAACAAGUACGGUCCUGACGGCCGCAUGGAUGGCUGGUACGGCAACGCCUGCAAAACCACCACCAUUGCCGCCGGCUCCAGCGCCUACUUUGCCUUUGACGAGGACACCAACGGAGGCUUUGCUGCCGCCCCGGGCUCGAUCCCCACCGACUCCAAUGGUGGAUAUGCGUCCACCUGGGGUGAGUUUGACUUUGGUUCCUCCGUCAACAAUGCCUGGUCUGGUUUCGACGUUUCGGCCAUCGCUGCUCAGAACGCCGGUCUUGACGUUCAGGGUAUGAAGAUUUGCGAUGCUGUGGGCGGAACUUGCUCUUCUAUCACCCCCGGUGCUGCUGUCGUGGACAACGCUUAUACUGCGGCUGAGACUGAUAUCGGUGGCAUCGGUGGUAACCUCGCUGCUGGCCCUGUCCGCCUGGUGGCCACUCUUGGCUACAGCGGUUAA